AUGGGAAAGGCUAAGAAGACUAGAAAGUUUGCUUUGGUUAAGCGUACACUUAAUGCAAAGGAUCCACGUAUAAAUAAAAAUAAGGCCGUAGCGAAGAAAGAUGAAAAAGAUCCAGAGUUAACCAAAAGUGUUCCACAAGUGUCAUCAUCAUUAUUCUUCCAAUUCAAUAAGUCGAUCAAACCACCCUAUCAGAUUUUGAUAGAUACGAAUUUCAUAAAUUUUAGUAUUCAGAAGAAAAUCGAUAUUACCAAAGGAAUGAUGGAUACGUUAUUUGCUAAAUGUAUUCCAAUGAUAACUGAUUGUGUAAUGGCUGAAUUAGAGAAGUUAGGCCCCAAAUAUAGAAUUGCUUUGAAGUUAGCAAAAGAUCCUAGAAUCCAACGUUUAAGCUGCUCUCAUAAGGGAACAUAUGCUGAUGACUGCCUCGUGAAUAGAGUAAUUCAACAUAAGUGUUACAUUGUUGCGACCAACGAUGCCGAUUUGAAGAGAAGAAUACGGAAGGUUCCCGGUGUUCCUAUAAUGAGUGUUGGUGGGCACGCUUACGUUAUAGAAAGGUUACCUGAUGUUUUCUAA